GCUUGCUGGGAUACAGCUUGAUGUGUGUGUUUGAAUCGUAAAGAAAAAAAACAAGCCGCGUCUUCCUCGCAUUGCGCGUCAUUCAAACAGGACUCGGUGUACUGCUUUCCCCUCUGUUGCAUUAGUAAUAACAGCAGCGUUGACUGGAGACAGCAGGAGAGAGUGUGUGUGUUUCUCCGACAGCGGUGCCCAGCGGAGGAAUAUUUGAGCUUUUUUUAUUUACUCUGCUGCUUGUUGUUCAUUUUCUCUGCGUUGUGUUGAACUUGGACAGUCACGUGUGAAGAUCUCUGCAAGUAGGCUUUAGAGGACGGCGACUUCUCACCUGGUGUGUCCCUUUUGACUUUACCGUGAGGGAAAUAUACCUGGCGUUUUUUUGUGCUGACAGCGCUGGAUUCCUUCCACUCCUGUGACGGACAACUUCUGCAAGUUCUCUCCCUGAGGGAUGAAAUAUGCAAACUCUGCACCCAUAGAAAAAAGCCGUCGACAAACACUGUAGAGUCCAAAGUGGUUUUAAAUCAUGAUGAUGCAGGAGUCGGCCACAGAGACAAUAAGCAACAGUUCAAUGAGUCAAAAUGGAAUGAGCACCCUAAGCAGCAGCCAAUUAGAGGCUGGCAGUAGAGAUGGGAGAUCAAGCGCUGGUGACACGAGCAGCGAAGUAAGCACAGUCGAGCUGCUGCAUCUGCAACAACAGCAGGCCCUACAAGCAGCGAGGCAAUUACUCUUGCAGCAGCCAGGCAGUGGCCUGAAAUCUCCAAAGAGCCAGGACAAGCAGCGUCCACUGCAGGUUCCAGUGUCAGUGGCCAUGAUGAGUCCCCAGGUGAUCACGCCGCAACAGAUGCAGCAGAUCCUCCAGCAGCAGGUUCUCUCCCCACAGCAGCUCCAAGCUCUGCUCCAGCAGCAGCAGGCUGUCAUGCUGCAGCAGCAACACCUGCAGGAGUUUUAUAAGAAGCAACAGGAGCAGCUUCAUCUGCAGCUCCUCCAGCAGCAGCACCCUGGCAAGCAGGUUAAAGAGCAACAGCAGCAGCAGCAGCAGCAGCAGCAGCUGGCCGCCCAGCAGCUCGUCUUCCAGCAGCAGCUCCUGCAGAUGCAGCAGCUCCAGCAGCAGCAGCACCUGCUCAACAUGCAGCGGCAGGGCCUGCUCUCACUGCCUGGGCCCGCACCAGGCCAGGCCGCCCUGCCCGGACAAACCCUGCCACCACAAGCUGGCCUGAGCCCUGCAGAGCUCCAGCAGUUGUGGAAGGACGUGACCAGCGGCGGCGGCGGCGGCGGCAACGGCGGCCAUGCCAUGGAGGACAACGGCAUCAAACACAGCAGCAGCGGAGGCACCGGCACAGGAGGCGGCGUGGGUAGCGGCGGCUUAGACCUCUCCACCAACAACUCUUCUUCAACUACCUCCUCCUCAAAUCCCGCCAAAGCAUCGCCGCCCAUCUCUCAUCACCAUUCCAUCGCCAACGGACAGUCCCCCGUCCUCAACCACAGACGAGAGAGGGAACGGGAACGGGAAAGGGAACGAGAGAGUUCACUACAUGAAGAAAGUGGAGGGACCCACCCCCUGUACGGUCACGGUGUGUGUAAAUGGCCUGGCUGUGAGAACAUCUGCGAGGACUUUGGACAGUUUCUGAAGCACCUAAACAAUGAACACGCCCUCGAUGACCGGAGCACAGCCCAGUGUAGAGUCCAAAUGCAAGUGGUACAGCAGCUGGAAAUACAACUUUCUAAAGAACGUGAGCGUCUUCAGGCGAUGAUGACCCACUUGCACAUGCGGCCCUCGGAACCCAAGUCAUCUCCCAAACCACUUAACUUGGUGUCCAGUGUCACCAUGUCCAAGAACUUGCCCUCAGCAUCGCCCCCCAACUUACCUCAGACACCCACCACGCCCACAGCGCCCAUCACACCAAUGGCCGCCAUGCCCCAGGUGCCGUCAGUACUGGGAGGAGCCAACGUCCCCAGCAUGGGAGCCAUGCGCAGACGCCACUCGGACAAAUACUCCAUGCCCCUGUCGUCAGGUGGUGACACAGUAUUUAUUUUUCCAGAGAUCGCCCCAAACUACGAGUUUUAUAAGAACGCAGAUGUCAGACCGCCAUUUACUUAUGCAACCCUCAUAAGACAGGCUAUCAUGGACUCUGCCGACAUGCAGUUAACGCUUAAUGAAAUCUACAGCUGGUUCACACGCACGUUCGCCUACUUCAGACGCAACGCUGCAACUUGGAAGAAUGCCGUGCGUCACAACCUCAGUCUGCACAAGUGCUUUGUCCGCGUGGAGAACGUGAAGGGGGCGGUGUGGACGGUGGACGAGAUGGAGUACCAGAAACGCAGGUCGCAGAAGAUCACAGGGAGCCCAUCACUUGUCAAGAACCUGCCCUCCAGUCUCGGCUAUGGAACUGCACUAAACGCCAGCUUACAGAUUUCUUCCAUCUUUCCAUCGUUCCUGCAGGCUGCCCUGGCUGAGACCUCCCUGCCUCUGCUCGGAACCCCCGGCCUCAUGAACAGCGGCUCCACGGGCCCGAUGGGAGGCAGCUGCCACGGCCUCCUGGGCGGAGACCCGUCCUGCCUGAUGGGCGGAAGUCCACAUGGAUUGUUGGGCGGGAGUCCACAUGGACUGCUGGGUGGCAGCCCCCCAGGUGCGCUCAGCGGAAGCCCCCCCAACCUGUUGCAGUCGGCCCACGAGGAGCUGAACGGCUCGCUGGACCACCUGGACACCAACGGACACAGCAGCCCCGGAUACUCUCCACCAGUACACAUGCAAUCCGUUCACGUGAAGGAGGAGCCACUCAACAUGGACGACGACGACUGUCCGAUGUCACUCGUGACGACAGCCAAUCACAGUCCGGAGCUGGACGACGACCGGGAGCUGGAGGAAGGGAACUUAUCGGAGGACCUGGAGUGACUAGGAUACCGUUUUUGGUCUACGUAUCCCUCCGCCCCACCACACUGUUUCUCUCUCACAGACCUCCUGCAAGACUAGAAAAAGAAAAAAACCACUCCACAGUCCAAGCAAAACCACAGCUGACUCUCUCUCUCUCUCUCUAUCUCUCUCUCUCUCUCUCUCUCUCUCUCUCGUCUCUCUCACCACUGGGACUAUUUAUUGAGCAUGCAUCUGGAUGGAGACCAGUCCAAAGGAACUCUUUGUUGCAGCCCUUUGGGAUCCACCCCCCCGCCCCCUCCCGCCCCCCCCGAACAUGACAGGCAUGAGAUGUCUGAUUCAAAAAUAAAAUAAAACUCUCUGAGACCUAUUUCUUUAGGGAUGGCGUGGCCACGUACAGUACAAGGAUGAUGGACUCAUGGAUGGGGGAAAAAAAACCUAAAACAAAUGAGCAAGUCAUGUUCCGUUGAAAGCUAGCGGCCUCAUAUACUGCCAAAAAGGAAGACGUUUUAUGUUUGUGAAUAAUCCACCCCCCACCCCCCUC